UCGUCGGUUCUGAAGCCGAUUCUGUUUCUGUUUAACUUCAAAAUCCUAAACUCUCUUCGUCAGUCUGUCAAAGCUUCGUGUUAAAGCGAAAAAUGAACAUCUUAUUUGUUCUGUUUCUCCUUGGAGCACAAAGAGCUGCAGCUGUGACUCACACUAUGAGGUUUUUCCAAACCACCUCCUCUGGAGUGACAAAUCUUCCAGAGUUUGCGUCUGUCAGUUAUGUUGAUCAUGUUUUAAUAAGUCAUUAUGACAGUAACACCAAGAGAUUAAAACCCAAACAGGACUGGAUGGAAAAAAUCACAACUGAUGAUCCUCAGUACUGGAAGAGAAACACUGAGAUCAAUAAGGGAAACCAGCAGGUCGACAAAAACAACAUUGAAACAGUAAAACGUCGCUUCAACCAAACUGGAGGUGUCCACAUCAACCAGAGGAUGUCUGGCUGUGAAUGGAACGAUGAGACUGGACACGUUAAUGGUUACAUGCAGUAUGGUUAUGAUGGAGAAGACUUCAUAUCACUGGACCUGAAGACGUUGACAUGGAUCGCUCCAAAUCCACAGGCUGUCAUCACCAAACACAAGUUGGACAAUAACAAAGCUUUACUGGCAGGAUAUAAACACUACUACACCCAGGAGUGUCCUGAGUGGCUGAAGAAGCACCUGAACUAUGGGAGGAGCCAACUGCUGAGAACAGACCUCCCCUCGGUGUCUCUCCUCCAGAAGUCUCCGUCCUCUCCAGUCUGCUGUCAUGCUACAGGUUUCUAUCCUGAUAAAGCUGACAUAUUCUGGAGAAAAGAAGGACAGCAGCUUUUUGAGGACGUGGAUCACGGAGAGCUGCUCCCCAACCACGACGGAACCUUCCAGAUGAGUGUGGACCUGAACCUUUCAUCAGUCAAACCUGAAGACUGGGAGAAGUACGAGUGUGUGUUUCAGCUGGCUGGUGUCAAAGACGACAUCAUCACCAAACUGGACAAAGACGUCAUCUGGACCAACCACGAGACGCCCAGUGACGUCCUCGUCCCCGUCAUUGUUGCAGUGGUUCUUCUUGCACUUGUUCUGGCUGCAAUCGUUGGAUUCAUAGUUUACAAGAAGAAGAAAGGGACGUCACAGUCAUCUUCAUAUCAUCUCUAUUAUUUUAUGUCAUUUCACCAUCAAUAAAAUAAAAACAAAUAUUUCUACAGCAAUUUCACCUAUUUCUGUCAUCAGCACUGUAUUUAUACAGUACCCGUGAGUAUGAAGACAGUAACAACUACAGCAAUCUGACAUUUGACCCCGGUGACUUUCACCCUAAUGAUUGACCUCUGGUUGACCUUUGAUAGGACAAUUCUGGAAUCCACCUCGGUGUGCGACACAUUUGGUCCCAGUCGGCUAAAAAUGUAAUUCCUUGACCUUUGACCAGAUGAAUUUUUAAAAGUCAGCUUCAGGAUCAAACUUCACUGAAAUAUGAAGUUUGUCAGAAAUUAGUGAAAGGACCUGGGAGGAGUCAGACAUGAUCUUUGACCCAAUGAUUGACCUUUGGAAAAUUUGACCUCACUUGGGUAAUUCCAGAACCCACCUGCAUAUGUGAGCCAUGUUUGGUGCAAAGCGAAGUGAAAAACUUAAUUUUGACCCUUGAACCCAAUGACCUUGACCUUUUAAAAAAAACAACAUUAAGGGGAAUUUCUUUCAGUCUGUAGAAGAAACAAUCUGACUUGUUG